AUGGAUUCAAACGAGGAAUUUGUUGUUGUUAACGAAGAAAAUGAUAAUCGUCGUGAUGCUGUGGCCCGCCUCGAUGUUCUAGUUGAUUUAUUUAAGCAGACAAUACGCACUCUCAAUCAAUCGAGUAUCCUGCUGAAGGAUGAAUUACAAACUGCCAUCACUGUAACCCUGCAAAGUAGUACACCAGAUCAUUCAUCGACUGUUGAACACUUAGUAAAGCAGCUAGAUGAUAUUUCGGUAAGCCCCGAGGAAGUGCGGAAGACCUACGUGAGGCAGCUGUGUUCACGACUAGUUGCCGUCAAUGAAGAGAAGCAAGUUGUUAUGACAGAGCUAGUGGAAUUAAAUAGUCAGCUUCGUAAAGCAGAAGCAGAGACUCGCAAAUGGAAGAAAGUCAUUGAGCCGAUUUUGAAGAUUGAAACAGAGAUCAAAAAGUUUGACUCAACGCUCUCUUCUAAAGAAGCUGUUUCGGACGAGACUGGAUCGCUUCUUAGCGACGACAGUACGGUCGAUGAUGUGUGCAACUUCCUUAAUUCUAUGCAUAACAGAAUUCAGACCUUGCACACUGAGGCAGCUGCAAUGAAAAAAACCGAUAAAAGCACUUCGGAGACAUACACUCAAGUUUAUUUGGCGAACAAGCUACAAAAUUCCCCUGAUAAACACUGCAUGAACAAUAUGAACUCUAAUGGUAUUCAGGUGGAUAGUCACACAUUAAAGUUUGUUACUUGUUUACCAGAUGAGAUCCCGUUGCCAUCUACGGUUUCUUCUAAUGCCCCAAACCACGAAACUCCAGCCUAUACUAGCCUUGCAAAAGAGGCGAUUGAUCAGGCUUCACUAAUGAGAAAUAUUGAUUUGAAGGAACUUGUUCGUGAAGAGGUCUUACGUAUCUUAAGUGAAAGGAAUCAAGAUUUUUCAACACCUAGCACAACAACUUCAGUGGCAUCACUGUCAGAUGAUAAACUCUUAGCUCCAGUAGCUAACACACCACCUGCUCAACCAGAAACUUCUGUAACACAUAAUGUUCCAAGUGCACCAAGUAUUUUAAAUCUUUGGCCACAUCUUUCUUUUAAUGGUGUCUCAAGUAAACAUGUACCCGCUCCAUUGACAGCUGGUGAAGAAGUUACAGAAAUUUCCAACAUCAACGAAUUUAAUUCAACUCCAUCUGCUCCUGACAACAGUUCAGAGCAAUUGACGGAGAAUCAAAACAAUCGUUCCAAUUAUGGGUCAUGGUUAACCGAACUGGGUCUCAAUCCUUGUGAGGAGUCGUUCAACAAACCUAUGGAGAGGCCAUCUGUUCCAAGUUAUUCAGUUGAUGAGGAACAACCGUGGUGUCCUGGAUGUCAUCAAAUGUUUGCAUCCCGAGCUGAUCUAGAAGAACACCUCAUUGAUUGUUUAUUGUGA